GUCAUCAGAUAGGAAGUCUCACUGGCAGCUGGCAGCUAGAAUAUCACCUUGUUCUCACCUGACCAUGCAGACUUUUCUGAGUGACAGUUUUUAGAAAUGGAUACUAAUGGAAUUGUAGAGAGCAGGACGAAUGGGAAUGAAAGUUCUUCACAUUCAUUGACAAUAUGUGGGAACUGUUUGAGAUGUAUUCGCAGGUUGAUUCCUGUUGAAUUCAAAAAAGAAAUGAUUGAAUUAGCAACAAUGGCUGGGCCUGUGGUUAUGGCUCAGCUCAUGGUCUUUUUAGUGAGUUUCGUCAGUACAGUUUUCUGUGGCCAUUUGGGGAAGACAGAACUGGCAGGGGUGGCUCUCGCCAUAGCUGUGAUUAAUGUUACAGGUGUCUCCAUUGGGUAUGGUUUAUCAUCAGCGUGUGACACACUCAUAUCUCAGACCUUUGGGAGCCGUAACCUCCUGAAAGUUGGGGUCAUUCUACAGAGAGCCAUCCUCAUUCAACUUCUGGCCUGUUUCCCAUGCUGGGCUGUUCUCAUCAACACAGAACCCAUCCUCCUGGCUGUCAAACAGAGCCCAGAGGUUGCCAGGCUGUCUCAGAUGUAUGUGAAGAUUUUUAUGCCAGCACUCCCAGCCACAUUUAUUUACCAGCUGGAGGCCAGAUAUCUACAGAAUCAGGGAAUCAUAUGGCCGCAGGUCAUCACAGGUUUGGUGGCCAACCUACUGAAUGCCCUCAUCAACUACAUCUUCCUCUAUGCUCUGGACCUGGGUGUAGCUGGGUCUGCGUGGGCCAACACCAUCUCUCAGCUCUCUCUGGCUGCUAUGCUCUAUGCCUACAUCCUGUGGAAGGAACUACAUAAGGCCACAUGGGCAGGCUGGUCUUGGGAGUGCCUGGAAGACUGGGGCACCUACAUCCACCUGGCCAUUCCUAGCAUGAUCAUGCUGUGUGUGGAGUGGUGGACCUAUGAGAUUGGAGGCUUUCUAGCAGGUCUGAUAAGUGAGGUAGAGCUUGGAGCACAAUCAGUCGUCUUCGAACUGGCAAGCAUUUGUUACAUGUUCCCUCUAGGGUUCAGUGUGGCAGGCAGUGUGAGGGUGGGCAAUGCUCUGGGGGCUGGAGAUACAGAGCAGGCCAAGCUGUCUGCCAAGCUGGCCAUGUUCUGUGCUGGGUCAGUUUCUGUGUGCUUGUCGGUUCUUGUUGGGAUACUGAAGGACAAAAUCUCCUACGUCUUUACAUAUGAUGAGCAGAUCAGAGAGAGGGUUGCUCAAGUUAUGGCUUUCUACGCCCCUUUUCUUCUGUUAGAUGCAAUAUCGGCUGCCUCAGGUAGUAUUAUAAGGGGGGCAGGGAAGCAGAAGGUUGGGGCGAUAUGCAACAUCUUGGGUUACUAUGGGGUUGGCUUUCCUAUUGGAGUGUCCCUGAUGUUUGCUGCCAAACUAGGAAUCAUGGGCCUGUGGACCGGUCUGUUUACCUGUGUGUUCCUACAGUCCUCCUUCCUCAUCGUCUACCUAUCCAGAAUGAACUGGAAGAAAGCCUCUGUAGAGGCCCAGAUCAGAGCUGGGGUACAGGGGAACUCUACAGACACGGACAAGGCCCCGGAGGCACAUUCAAAUGAUUCAGCUCCCUGUGAGGGCCACACAAACAGAAAUGCCCUGGCUGAGGAUGGGGCUGAUGCUGACGGUGAGGCUGGGGACAGGGUGGCCCUCAGCAAGGUGGAGGCCUUGCUGGCCCACAGGGCCCUGGUAAUGCGGAGGGGCCUGGCUCUGUGUGUCAUGCUCUUCAUCCUGGCCCUGGGAAUCAUCAUCAACCUACUGCUCACCAACCUCACUUGAUGAACACAGAGUGAGUUCCGGAGAGAAUGGGUUUCAGAACGAAUGGGUUCCAGAGAUCGCUUCACUCAGCCAGAGUGGUCAGAGGACCAUCCAAGCAACGAUGCAGAGAAGAUAGGAGUGGAGAGGAGUUGGCCAAACUACAGUAUGGUGCCAAAAUUCCAGUACUGUUGAUCUGUGAGGAGCCAAGGGAUUAUUUAUUCUGGGGCUUUUCAUUAAUCAUCUGAAUGAAACUGUAUCACACUGUCUGAGCUGAUUACACAAACCAAUGAAACCUAAUGUUUUCUGAUGGUAAUGUGAUAUAUUGUAAACCAAAAAGUAAAGACAGACUCACGUGGUACCAUCCAAAAUGUUAGUAUUCUAUUCAUUCAUUCCAAAACCAGUGGCGUCAUGCCCAUAGGGGGCACAAAUGCACGUGCUGCCUCAGAAUUGUCCUGUUUUUACAUUUUUCAGGUGUUCAAUUAAUUUCUAAACAUAAUUUUUAAGCCCAUGUUUUAACAUAAUUAUUUAUAAGAAGAUCUGUCAGCUGUAUUUUGCGGAGGAGCACACUGACUGGACCAGGCAAAGAGUACACUAGAUACUCUAGUGCGUGCAGUAUCGUCAAUGGAGAAGGAGAGAGAUAGUGUAGAGUGACACACACAGCGUUUGAUUUGAUUUUAGCUGCCGGUGAUGGGCAGAAGGGUAUGUUUGUAAAUUAAGUUGAUCAAGCUGUGUAGCCCAUUGAUUCCUUCUUGAUGAAUAAAUCAAAUGAAAAUG